CGGACCGUUUUUUUAUAGGACUGGAUGCCGUAAGCGCCCCAAGUUCCACUCCUCCGCCUCCUACACCCCCUACGCCCCCUACACACAGACAUCCAGUGGACGCUGAGGUUUUACGACUGUUCGGCCCAUACACAAACGGAGGGAGAAGGUCUAAUGUUACAGGUCGGCGAUCCCUUGCUGUGCCCGCACAACUGAGUUCUUACACUCACGUGUUCUGCUGUCUUGAUGACAAGGUGGAAGAUCUAGUCCCUAAUCGUUGUGCUAAACAAAGACUUACUGCUGCUGGAUUAGGGGAGAAACGUCUUACAUUUCAAGGAAGUCAGUCAAGCCCACAUGAAUUUAAUGACUUUCUUUUAACUGAGUAUCCAAAACUUAGACAAGGUGGAGGAUUUGAAUUGCUUAAAAUUGCUGGGACAACACGAAGUCGCCAACUGACCCUCAUUCCAUGUCCCAAUGAGGGCUAUAACAUUAAAUAUCUAAAAAAUCCACAAACCCAGAUUGGUCAUGCCACCAUUUUUAUUCGACCACUGCAGAGAAACCUGAACCUCGAGCCUAUAUGUCAACCAGAAUGCAGUAAUGUGCUAGCUGGACCACCUCAGAAAUGUGUGACUUGUGGAGAAGAGUUUCCUUUUUCACAAAUCAAAGCACAUAGUGAUGAAUGUAUAAGAUUACAGAGCACUUCUGAGGUACAAAUGGAGGUACCCCCAGAAAGUUCCAGCGCCCCUCAAAGUGAAGACAGAUGUGUGAGCAUGUUGACCCCACAGGAGAGUCAGACAGCAAGGGCCAGUCGCACAGCCGUCACGGUGGCACAUCAGGGAAAUAUGCCAGCCCCAGGGACAUCACAGGGACGUGUGUCUACUCCUCCUGUGAUCAUUAAUCUAGAUCCCACUGUGGAUAACUGUGACUGGAAAAUGGAGCCAGAUCCCACGGAGGCAGUAAAGGGAUUCAGAUAUCAGAUUUUAAAUGAGCAUGCUACUAGGAAACCACUAAAUCUCGUAAUGGAUCUUGGAGACAGUUCCGAGGAUAGGGAAAGGGCAAUCAUUUCUUUUUAUAAAAUGGCUCAUGUUGAAUGGGCUUCCCCUUUGACAUGCACACUGAAAGGAGAUCCAGCAAUUGGUGAUGGUGUGACUCGCCAUUUCUUUAGUACCAUCAUGUCCAAACUUCAGAUGGGUUUUGAUAUUUGUUUGGUGCCAGGAGGAACUGUUCUUUUUGAGGGACAGCAAGACCACUUGAUUCCGUCUACUUCACCGUAUCUUUUGGAGAGUGACUUCUUUGUUGUUGCUGGCCGGAUGAUCGGUCAUUCUUUUAUACAUGGUGGGCCAACCCUGGCUGGACUGAGCCCAGCAAUCAUUCAUGUACUCUUUGGUGGAGCACCAGAAGAAGCCAUAAUAGAUAUAAAGGAUUGUGUUGACCUUGAUGUUCGUGACACAAUCAAGUUGUUGGAUGGUACAGUGGAAUUAUCACUUGAUGAAAAGAACGCCAUCAAUGAGCUUGCAGUCUCCUGGGAUUUGCCACAUGUUACAGCAGAGAACAGAAGAUGGCUCCUUGAAAAACUGCUUUUGCACGCUGUUCUUACAAGAACCUCAAGACAACUGAAACAAUUAAGACGGGGGUUAAAGGAGACACUGAUCUGGCCUUUACUAACGGAAAGAAAAGAAACAAUUCCUCUUCUGUUUCCAAGGGCAUCUGAAAUGAAGUACUCACCACAGACGGUCCUGGACAAGAUUAACUGGCCUGUACAGGACGAAGACAGUGAUGUAUCUUUGGAAGAUACAUGUAGGAUCACUGGAUUCUUGCGUACAUUUAUUGAAAAUGCAUCUUCAAGACUGCCUGAAAAGCUUGUGCAAUUCUGGGUUGGGUGGAGUGUGUUACCAAGGUACAUGGAUGUAGAAGUUGUAGAGAGCAGCUUCCCAAAGUCAUCCACUUGCUUCCACCUCCUUAAACUCCCAAUGCAUUACAAAGACUACAGCAUCUUUGAAAGAGACAUUCUUGCUGCUGUAUGGAGUACUGAUAAUGGUUUUGGAAUGGUUUAAGGAGGAAGUAGAAUUAAAUGUUCCACACUACACCAAUCAUUGAGUUGUUAUUAAAAGCAGCACAGAGUUCUAUCAGUAACACUGCGAAUAAAGCUUGCAAGCCUGUAAUACAUUGAGGCAGUAUAACGUUACCAUGUUUCUAUGUUAGCUUCAGUUUCCCAAAGAUGGCAUUUUCCUUUGUCAAAAAGAAAAUAUUAGUUAAUAUUAUCAGCACAUUUGCCAUGGGAGGGGCCAAUUUUAUAAAUGGGUCUUUUCUUGUUUUGCAUGGUGUUCAUUCAAAUUGUGUAUAUUACUGUGCAAUACAAUAUGUACACUAUGUUUUAUAAUGCAGUAUUUUACCCAAGACUGCUGUAAAAUUAAAAAUUGGAGGUUAUGCCUGUUUAAGUUAGGGCUGUAUAAUGUUACAUUGUUUCUCUUAUAGGUUCAGUUUCAUAAGCUGGCAUUUUGUCUUGUCAAAAGAGGAAAUAGUUAAUAUUAUUAUCAGCAUUUGAGUUUUGUGUAUGCUAACUGACAAUACUGUGAAUUGUAACCUCUGUUAACAUUGCAAUUAAUGGUUUUCUAAGUAGGACUAGACAAAACAUUUGCCAUUGGGGGACCAAUUUUAUAAAUGGGUCUUGUUUUUCCUGAAAACGUGUACAGUAUGGGUAUUACAAUAUGUACACUGUUAUACAAUACAGUAUUUUAAGACUACUGUAAAAUUAAAACACUGGAGGUUC